AAAAGGGAUUUAAAGAGAGGGAAAGGAUUUAGGCCAUUGCUUGAGGUCUCCUGUUGAUGGAAUACAUUAGUAAAGCUUGUCCGAAGGACCAAAGCAUGUCAGACCAUUGCAAGAACCAACAUUAAAUGACGAAUGAUAAUCUUUCAUUGGAGUUCUAGGUUAUUGAGUGAGUCCUGGGACCGUCUGAGUCUUGGAUUUGAAUAUCAUACUGCUGAUUGUGAAGCGCUAGGGACAAUUGUGCUUAUGAUGAAGCAAUUGUGGAACUCCAAUUUCCUAUCAAAGGUUAUCGUUGCUAUUGGGGUUGAUGUAUGGAUAAUGAAGGAGUAUGAAGUGAAAGAACUACAGAGGGGGAAUUGUUUCUCAAUCAGUUUAUUAUACAUGAGGAGAGUUAUGUAUCACCUUGAUAGACACUGGUUAAAGGGUGUGGCCAUCUGCAAUUGCCCUAUACUCUUCUGAUUUGGCUAAGGCAAAUCCCAUCAGCUGAUGCUAUGAUUAGUGGCUUACUAGUGACAACUUAUCCUAAAUGUUCAGCCAAGAGGGCCUUAUCUGCUUCAUUUGUAAAACCAUCCAAUUUCACUAGUUUUAGAUGUUGCAGUUUUGUGUUCCUACCAGCUUGUAUUGAACCUGUUGCAGCCCUUUCCACACAGUAGCUUUUAGGAUCAAUAUGCACAUUGUGAAUUAACUCAUUAGGAUUAGAAUCUACGUCACAGGCACAAAAAAAAAAAAAAAAAAAAAUGGAGGGCUCAAUGAGGGACGUAGUCUCAGGAAGGAGAUUAAGGCAUCAGUAUCAUAUUCUUGAUCUAAAUUAUCAAUCCACCACAACUCUUUCAAAUUAUAGAAUUGAAAUUCUGAAAGCAAUGUGGAUAGUGAUGGACAAAUCAAUGCCUGCAGCAGCAAGAUUUGAAGAUUAUAUUAAUAAUACCUUGGCAAUGACAUUUUCAAUGAUAAAUCAAUUGGAAUUUGUGUAAUUAAUAAUUAAUUAAGAACUAGCAGGCAGCAUAAAAAAUACCUUAUAUGUCCAUUUGCAUAGAGUCACAGCUAUUGAAGCUACUACUCGCGGGGCCUUGUCUGAAAUCAAGAAAAGCAUCAGCCAAAUUAUGGUGAUAUUCAAGCCAAAACGAAGGUAUUAGCCCUCGAAAUUGGAACUUUCGAAAUUUAAAAAAUCUGAUAUGACGACACCCUAAUUGCAGACAAUCAAGAUUAUCAAAAUUAGAAGCUUUGUAUCAGAGCCUAUGCUCAAAGAAUGCAUGCAAUUGCAGCCUUUGAUUUCAAGGUUUCAAGAAACAAAAAAUUUUUUAACAUGGAAGAAACUGCAUCAUUUGUAAGAUGGUUGACAGAUACAAGAUGAUUGCUUUUGGCAGAGAAUAGAGGGAGAAUGAAAUGGUUGGCUGCACAUCAGAUUCUGGGGAUUAUUGAACUCUAUUUGCAACUUAAACUGCCUGUGAAAUUCUUGCUUCCCGGAGGAAAGAUGAAGAUGAAGCUGAAGCUUGUUUUCAGGUGCAAUAAAAGCUAAGAGUACACUGCUAUCAAUGAAAUGGAACUUUGAAUCUGCUAAAUUUGUACAAUAAGGCUAAAGGAUGCAUUUGACAAUUCUGUUAUCUAAGGAAUCAAGCUUGUUGAAAACUGAAUCAAAUGAUUACUUUAAUUGAA